AUGAUAUGGGCUUUUUCGCGCACGCCCCGGAAGUGGCGUCGCGACGUUCUGCACCUGUGGAGUCUCAGUGGUGCGUCUAAAAUCCUGCAGUGUGGACGUGUGCGAGCCAUGGACACGCUCCUCUUCGUCGUCUUCGUCUUCCUCACCGGAUUAGGAAAGACCGGAAGAACAAACGCCGUGCCGCUGAGUGCAUUAAAUCCCGUCGAUGUCAGUUUAAACAGCAUCGGCGACGACGAGGCCGAAGAUGGUGCCAUCCUCGACGACUUCACCACUCAUGGCUUGGAAAGGCUGAGUUCGGCGGCGACUUGCCUGGUGGCAGGCGUGGAGUACACUCACGGCCAACAGAUUUAUCGGCCCGACCCUUGCGAAUUCUGCUUAUGCUUAGACGGCGAGAUGUUCUGCUGGUGGCAAGACUGUCCCCCCACGAUGGAGGGCCCUUGUCGAGACCGCGGCCCCUUCACCCCUUGCUUAAACGUCCCCUCGGCCUCUACCUCCAAAAGUACACCAAUUGAACACGAAUCGACUUCAGAGUCGGAAACUCUCGACAACUCCACCGACUCGACUUUCACCUCUGAAAUGAACUCUACCGAGGAAUCCCCGGCGACAACUCAACAGACCCGAUUUUGUCUAGUCAUGGGGCGAAAAUAUGAAGUUGGGGAUAAACUCCCGCACAACACUGGCAACUGCGUGGAGUGUGUGUGCGGUCCGGGGGCCAAAGUGACGUGUUCGCCCCACCAGUGCGCCCCCAUAGGCGAGGAUAUAAACGACUAUCGCCCCCCAGGCCCGCGCCAGCCCGACGUGUUUUAAUGGUUGGAGAAUGGUUCGCUCUUGUGAUAAUCCUCGAGGGUAGUUGUGUCCUUUUCGUUACCAUUAAUGCCUUUUCUUCUUCUUCAACGGUCUUCGUGAAUCCUCUACCCAGAUCCCUAGUCAUAUCGGUGAAAUAUAUCAAUUUGUGUCUUAUUUUAUAGUUUGUAGGUGUAUCGUUGAAUUUUAAAGGCAGGAAUGGACGUGAGCUAGUGAUUUUAUAUUAGGAUUUUUUAUAUUAGUCGAAACCACUGGAACCAAUAACUUGUUAGUUUUAGCAAAUAUUUGAUAACGUUAGAUAAGGUCAAGUCUAUCUUUGUAAAAUCUCAUUUGGGUUCUGUUUCUUCGAAUGUAGUGUUAGCCUAAUAUGAAAAUAUCCAAAUCAAAAUAUUUCAAAUCACUAUUUAUAUUGUAAAGUGUACUUUAUAAUACCUUUAAGUCUAAGCGAAUUUUUAACAACAGUUAUCGACGACAAGGCAACUUUCUUGGAUAAUUUCGUGUUAAGCUAGUAAAAUUAUAACUGUUGUAAAAAAUGUAUCAGUAUUAUUACAAAUAAGAAUUCAUACUUGUUAUUGUUAAGUAUGUAAAAAUAUUAUGUUUCUUUAUUGUAUAGAAAAAU